GCUGGAGCAGUCUAUUUGAGUAUCUACGAAGUUCCAUUUAUGUACUGUACCUUCUAUUUGUGUACUGCAUCUACUAACUUCUAUCUAUGAAUUUUUUUGUUUUUGAGAUAUUUACGUGCUCUGGCUGCCCUGACGAAUUCAACCUCCACCGUCCGGUUAUCGUCGAAGAGGCUACUGAUUUCUUUAAGGGUAUCGGAGUUUUAGAUUUCACUUUUGAUAGUUGCAGACUGCUCAUCAUCCUAACAUCAAUGCUGCUGUUGACCUACCAUGAUGAGGUGGUGAAGAUGAAGGGACGGGUGAUUUGCAAUAUGUUCAGAAAUGGAGGGCUGAGGAGUAAUGUCCAUUUAAUUCAUUUUGUAUGGGCUAAUAUUCAGACAUCAACUAACAAUUUGAGUAACUUUGUAAUUCUCCUUUUCGGGCCUUUGAUAUCUUGCUCCGCUAAUUUACAAAGGAAUGUCCCUUAUGGAGCAUCUGUGGCUGAUUUGUAUGCAGGGGCUGGGGUCAUUGGAUCAUCAUUAGUUGCCACUAGAAAAUGCAGGCAGGGGCAGAUGGUUCUAACUGCUAUUUCACUUUCAUACUUGUCUUGCAUUCUGAUUCCAAAUUUAUUGCCAUUCAUUUCGAGGUCUGUUAAGUGCACUGAGGUUGACAAAGAGUCAAAACUAUCAUUUGAGAAGACAAUUGACUGUUUACCAAAGCUUAGAUCCUCUUUCUUGGCUUCUUUCUUGGCUUGUGGGAUCAAAGUUAAGGUUGUUGAUGCUCCUAGGAAAGAAGGACUGGACUUGUCUUUGAUUGAUGCAUUAAAGACUAUAUCAUUGUGUGAAUUUAAGUCAUCAGUUCCAAGGUACAAAGAUGGCACUCCCACAGCAGACCAUGUUAAUGAUUUCCUUGGCAUCAUCAAGGAGUUAGCCAAUUUGGGCAUAAACUUUGAUGAUGAAGUGAAUGGUCUGAUUCUUCUUAAUACCUUGCCGGAAUCAUGGGAGAGUUUUAGAUCAACAACAAUCAACUCAUCUCCUGGUGGUCAAGUCACACUAGAAAUUGCCAAAAAUAGGAUCUUUGAAGAGGAAAAAAGGAUGCGGGCACUUGGAGUCUUCUUGCAACCAAAUACUCAAGCUCUUGUCAUGGACAAUAGAGGCAGGAGUAAAACCAGAGAACCCAGAGGACGAGGAGGCAGAUCCAGAUCAAAGUCCAAAAGUGGAGUGAAAUGCUAUCAUUGUGGCCAGCUAGGCCACAUGAAAAGGAAUUGCUACUUGUUGAAAGGAAAAGACAAGAAAAAGGUUGAAAAUAGCAAUACAACCGCUGUAGCAUCUACCAGUGGCGGUGACGUGACUCUACUAUGUGAUCGUGGGGAGUGCUGCCAUGCAGAAAACUCAAAUGCUGAGUGGAUAAUUGAUUCUAGUGCCUCUUAUUAUUGUGUUACCAAAAGGGAAUAUUUUUCAACAUACAAAGCAGGAGACUUUGGCACCAUAAAAAUGGGAAACAAGAGUGUUUCUCAUAUUAUGGGAGUUGCACUGGAUGAAAAAGGAUACGUAUACUACUUCGGGAAUGGCAACUGGAAACUCACCAAAGGAUCAAUGGUGGUGGCAAAAGGGAGAGCAUGUUGCUCAUUAUACAAGACACACAUGAAAAUGUGUGGAGGUCAAUUGAACACAAUUGAAGAUGAGGCUUCUCCAAAUUUAUGGCAUAAUAGAUUAGCUCACAUGAGUGAGAAAGGAUUGCAACUUUUGGCUAAGCAGUCCCUCAUUCCCAUGGCCAAAGAGUCGUUUGGUGGCAAUAAAUAUUUUGUUACCUUUAUUGAUGAUGCAACUCGGAAGACUUGGGUAUACUUGUUGCAGAAUAAAAGCCAAGUUUUCAAGUAUUUCCAGCAUUACCACGCUAUGGUGGAAAGGGAGACGGGGUUGAAGUUGAAAUGUCUCCGUACAGAUAAUGGAGGGGAGUACACCUCCAAAGAAUUCAGAGACUACUGUUCCAAGCAUGGCAUGAGGCAUGAGAAGACAGUUCCUGGCACACCACAACACAACAGUGUUGCAGAACGGAUGAACCGUACCAUUGUGGAGAAAGUUCGAUGCAUGCUAAGAAUGGCAACUCUACCUAAGCCAUUCUGGGGUGAAGUAGUCAACACAGCAGUUUAUUUGAUCAACCGAUCACCUUCAGUUCCUUUGAAUUUUGAAAUCCCGGAGAAAGCUUGGACGAGAAAGGACAUUGGAUACUCUCACUUGAGAGUGUUUGGGUGCAAAGCAUUUAUGCACGACCCAGAAAAGAAGAAAACUGUCAGAAGUAGAGAUGUCAUGUUUCAUGAACACGAGAAAAUUAAUGAUUUGAAGGAGGACAAAGGUACAGGAAGCUCUAGAGAAGGUGUAGAAGAUUUAACACCGGCAAAAACUGCUUCAAGAAAAAUUACAAAUGAAAAAGAGGUGCAAGCACCAAAAGAUGAGACAAAGGAGCCAACAAUUGAAGAAGAUGAAGCAAGUGUAGAUGGGGGAAAUGAUGAGCAGGGGGAGCAACCCCUGCCACAUGAGGAAAAACCUCAGUUAAGAAGGUCCACCAGAGAGCACAAACCAUCUGCAAGAUACCCCAGUUCUGAUUACAUCUUGAUCACUGAAGAGGGGGAGCCAGAGAACUUCCAAGAGGUGCAGUCUCAUAAAGACAAAGACUGCUGGAUGAAGGCCAUGCAGGAAGAAAUGAACUCCCUACAUAAAAACAAUACUUAUGAGCUUGUGGAACUUCCCAAAGGAAGAAAAACCCUGGAGAACAAAUGGGUGUUCAAGCUCAAGAAAGAUGUGGUGAAGAUGAGCUCAAUUCGAGUUGUGCUUGGUCUAGUAGCAAGCAUGAAUCUUGAGCUUGAGCAGUUAGAUGUCAAAAUUGCAUUUCUUCAUGGUGACUUGCAUGAGGAAAUUUAUAUGGAUCAGCCAGAAGGUUUUGAAGAACAAGGGAAGGAGCAUAUGGUUUGCAAAUUGAAGAAGAGCUUGUAUGGACUAAAGCAAGCUCCAAGACAAUGGUUAAAAGAGGAGUUAUCAAAGUCCUUUGACAUGAAGGACUUGGGACCAGCAAAGCAAAUUCUGGGUGUGGCUAUUACCCGUGAUAGAAAGCUAGUUAGCACUCCUCUUGCAAAUCACUUCAAGCUAAGUAAACAAUCUUGUCCAACUACCAAAGAAGAAAAGGAGAAAAUGUCACCUAUUCCUUAUUCUUCUGCAAUCGGUUCACUGAUGUAUGCAAUGGUAUGUACACAGCCAGACAUUGCCCAUGCUAUUGGUGUUGUGAGUAGAUUCUUGUCUGAUCCAGGCAAGAUUCACUAGGAAGCUAUUAAGUGGAUCUUCAGAUAUCUGAGAGGAACUACCAAGUUGUGUUUGACGUUUGGGCAAACUAAACCAAUUCUAAAGGGAUACACAGAUGCAGACAUGGUAGGUGACCUUGAUAAUAGAAAAUCUAUUUCAGG